AUGUUUAAUAACUACUACUAUGGAGGAGGUCAGGAUCAUUAUUAUGCACCGGUAGGUCUUUUUUUUAUUUUUUUUUGUUUUAGAUAACCUUGCAGUUACUUACUGGCAUUUGUGUAAUACUUCAAUUUUAUCGUGUUUUAGACAACUUCAUAUUAUCCGGCAAAUAGUAACUAUUACAAUCAAAACGAGUACGAGCCGAUCACAUAUCAGCAACCUUUUUUAAACCCAGAACAAAAUCCAUUUCACACUGACUUUACAUACAAAUUACCUGUCAGUCUUGCUGAUCAUGGAUUGGUAGAUGAGGAAGGUUAGUUCACUCAUCAUUUGUUUUGCAUGAUUUUAAAGUUUUAGGUGUUUAAAUCUUAUAAAUUUUAUAUUUUUAGUUUUAAAAGCAAUAUUUUAGAAGAAGUAGAUAUGACAGACGAGGAGAUAGCAGCUCAUAAAGCGAAAUAUCCUUACAAUCCUUAUGAGAAGUUGCUGGAAAAGAAAGGCGGUCCAAACCGUCUUAUUAAGGUUCUUUUCAAUGCUCAAAUCACGGCCAAAGACAAGCCUGUAGGAUGUUCUCAACCUCAGAAAGCAGACGGUAGCUUCAAUCCCGAAGUCUUGCCAGUAAUCGAGAAGAUGUUGAACAACGAACUUGAAUCACAAAAGGAAAUUCGGCCGAAGUACAAGUUGAUUGAUCCCGGAGAGGUAAGACGUUAUAACUUGCUGUGUCUAUAACUACUAACAUUUCGCAAGGUGUUUGUUAAUAUUUUUCUAUAGUUGUUUUAAAUGUUGUUUGAGAUGGUUACUUAAUUGACAACGUUUCAGUACGAUGCAGUUGGGUCAUCUCGAGGCUAUAUCAUUAACAAUGGAAAUACCUGGGUGAGGAGAAAAGAACCAGAGGCACAAGCAUUUGUACCAUCACCUCCAAAAAGGUUUGGCAACAAGUCUUUGGUGAUUGUGGGAGGAAAGAAGAUCACUAACGAGUCGAACGAAUGCAUCGCUUUUGCUAAAAACAAAACUUGUCCGGCUUCUAACAUGUGUAUAUACAAUCACGAUGGUGAUUCUGGACAUCUGACGAAACGGUUUUGUUCUAGGUAUGAUUUGGGUUUAAAUUUAUUACUUAUGUUUAUAGUGCAGAUAGUUAAAGUGGUAAUGUUAUUUAUAAGUUAGUUUAUCUUGUGGUAUUGACGGAGCAUAGGCGAUGACGAAAACUAAUUCACGACGAGUCAAGUGGUCGAUAUUCUUCUUGGGAUAUUGACUAUGACAAAGAUCUUGUCUAAUCUUCUCUCUGAGCCUUACAGCUUUAAAAAUAAAACUUUUUAUUUAUUAAACAAAAAACGUUUAAAUUUUAAAAUAAUGGUUUAAUUUCAGUCAAAUGAAAGGAAUGUGUCGCAACGACAAAACUUGUGAUCAAGGUUAUCAUCUGUUAACCGAGAAUCAGCUACCGGUCUGUCACUACUACUUCAAGAUGAGUUGCUCAGAAGAAGAAUGUCCAUACCUUCAUGUCAAGCAUUCAGAUCGUACUGACACUUGUCCGGACUUCCAAAAGGGUGUUUGCCAAUUGGGGAUUCAAGUUAGUUGAGAGAUACUGUAACAUGUGUUUAGUGUAAUUACAUUCAUAGGUAUUCGUCGUCGGUGAUCGCGCAGAAGACGGAUGUUGCUCUGGAGUUCUCAAGGUUUGUUUCAGAUGCAGGGGAUACUGUAGUUUUUAGGAUUGAGGAAGAACUGCCACCUCUUGCCACUUGGUUUCUGUAG